AGGCUGACGCGGAAAACUAGAAAGGCAUCGUGUUUUUUCUUCACCCGGCAUGUAAAUACUACUUUGUUGCCCUUUGCAUAGAUAACGCUUACUGCCAUUUAAUGUUUAGAGCAGUUCAUUUAGAUGUGUCCGGGCUGUGCGGCACGUUAGUAGAUUUAGUAUCAAACGUGUGUUAUGAAACUGUGUGUGUGAGCUGAACGGAGGAGAUGCUGUCCACCGGUCCAGAGCUGCGGCUCCUACGGCGGCUACUGUCUUGUAUAACUCUUGUUUUACUUUUUCAAGCCACCGACUCCAAGAGGGAUUUAAAAAGCGCCUGUACCACCUGUCAGAAAAUUACUGAUAACUUCAACAAGGGCUUUGACAGAACAGCAAAGCAGAACUUUGGUGGAGGAAACACAGCCUGGGAGGAGAGGAAAUUAUCUAAAUAUGAGACAAGUGAGAUUCGUCUGGUGGAGAUCGUGGAGGGGCUGUGUGAUAGCAGCAGCUUUGAGUGCAACCACAUGGUAGAAGAGCAUGAGGAGCAUUUUGAGACUUGGUGGUUCAAGAGGAAAACAAAACAUCCUGAUUUGCAUAAAUGGUUCUGCGUUGAAACCAUCAAAGUGUGCUGUCCAAAAGGAACGUUUGGACCGGACUGCAAUGCAUGUGUCGGAGGCUCUGAGAGACCCUGUCAUGGAAAUGGAAUGUGCGACGGUGACGGAACUCGAGGAGGUGACGGACAGUGCAGCUGUGACCACGGUUAUAAAGGGGAGUUCUGCCUGGACUGCAUAGACGGUUACUUCAAUGAAGUGAGGAAUGACACCUUCUCCUUGUGCACAGAAUGUCACACUUCCUGCAAGACCUGUACUGGAGGAACCAAUCAGGACUGUGAUGAGUGUAAAGAAGGCUGGGAGGAGGAUGACCAGGAAGCUUGUGUCGAUGUAAAUGAGUGCUCCAAAGACUCUUCCCCAUGUGAUGAAGAUCAAUACUGCCUCAACACAGAGGGUUCCUACUCCUGCAAGGCCUGUGAUAAAGUUUGCUCGGGCUGCACAGGAGCCGGUCCUGAUAACUGCCAGGCGUGUGCCAGCGGGUACCAGCUCACAGAGGGCACCUGCACAGAUAUUGAUGAGUGUUUUGAGCAAGAGUCGGUAUGUGCAAAGGAGCACCAGGAGUGUGUCAACACAAAAGGCAGCUACAUGUGCAACUGCUCGAGCGGCUAUGAGGAGCAAGAUGGCGAGUGUGUCCAAAUGCCGGAGCCAGAAAAAGAGGAGGAACCAGAACCAUCCGAGACCACCACAACUCCACACCCGGAACUUUGAUGUAAAAACUGGCACCCAAAGGAGCUGAUCUGGAAGAACUGUUGGGAUCACUUGUUUUAAAAUGAUUGAAUACAUGCACUUAGCAUCCAACCUGCACUCAGAACCAACAAAAGCUGUCAGCUAGUGUUUUCUACCAGUGGAUCAAGGAUUCCAGGACAAAAGAGACAUUUUCUGCUCUGUGUGCUGUCGUUGCUUUUCUCUGGCGUAGUUAAACUACCACUCAUUGUCUUUAUUUGUUGUAUGGUUUUAAGAAAAUUAAAAGGUGUUACCAAUAAAGUGAAAAAUGUCAAAGAUA